UCUGAGGCGUGGGCAGGGGAAGGAGUGACCCCAGGGGUGUCUUGAUCCCUUUUCACUCCCUCCUCUCCAUCACUGGAAGCAAAGGAUAAACUCUGGGCCAUGUGGCUGCCCCCGCUCCUGAUUUUCCUGUCUCUCAUUGCAGUUGCCGCACAGCUGUUGGACACGAGGCAGUUUUUAAUAUACAAUGAAGAUCACAAGCGCUGUGUGGAAGCAUUAAGUCCCAGUGCAGUCCAAACAGCAGUUUGCAACCCUGACAAUGAAGCACAGAAAUUCCGAUGGGUGUCUGAAUCGCAGAUUAUGAGUGUUUCAUUCAAAUUGUGCUUGGGGGUGCCAUCAAAAACGGAUUGGGUCGCUAUCACUCUCUAUGCCUGUGACCCGAAGAGCGAAUUUCAGAAAUGGGAGUGCAAAAAUGACACACUUUUGGGGAUCAAGGGAGAAGAUUUAUUUUUCAACUAUGGUAAUAGACAAGAAAAGAACGUUAUGCUUUUCAAGGGGUCAGGUUUAUGGAGCAGAUGGAAGAUCUACGGGACCACAGACGAUUUAUGCUCUAGAGGCUAUGAAGCCUUGUACACGCUAUUAGGCAAUGCAAAUGGAGCAACCUGUGCAUUUCCAUUCAAGUUUGAAAACAAGUGGUAUGCUGAUUGCACAAGUGCCGGGCGUUCGGACGGGUGGCUCUGGUGUGGAACCACUACAGAUUAUGACACAGAUAAGCUAUUUGGAUUUUGUCCCUUGAAAUUUGAAGGCAGCGAAAGCUUAUGGAAAAAAGAUCCAUUGACUAGCAUUUCCUACCAGAUAAACUCCAAAUCUGCUUUAACGUGGCACCAGGCGAGAAGGAGCUGCCAGCAACAGAAUGCUGAUCUCUUGAGCAUCACAGAGAUACAUGAGCAAACAUACCUUACAGGACUAACCAGUUCCUUGACUUCGGGACUCUGGAUUGGACUCAACAGUCUGAGUUUCAACAGCGGGUGGCAAUGGAGCAGUGGCAGUCCCUUCCGAUAUUUGAACUGGUUACCAGGAAGUCCAUCAGCAGAACCUGGAAAAAGCUGUGUGUCACUAAAUCCUGGGAAAAAUGCGAAAUGGGAAAAUGUGGAAUGUGUUCAGAGACUAGGCUACAUUUGUAAAAAGGGCAACACAACUUUGAAUUCUUUUGUUAUUCCUUCAGAAAGUGAUGUGCCGACUAACUGUCCGAGUCAGUGGUGGCCAUAUACAGGUAACUGUUACAAAAUUCACAGAGAGAAGAAAAUCCAAAGAGAUGCCUUGAUGGCAUGCAGGAAGGAAGGUGGCGACCUCGCAAGUAUCCACACCAUUGAGGAGUUUGACUUCAUUAUCUCCCAGCUGGGAUAUGAGCCAAACGAUGAAUUAUGGAUUGGCUUAAAUGACAUCAAGAUUCAAAUGUACUUUGAAUGGAGUGAUGGGACCCCUGUAACAUUUACCAAAUGGCUUCGUGGAGAACCAAGCCAUGAAAACAACAGGCAGGAAGACUGCACUGUGAUGAAAGGCAAGGAUGGGUACUGGGCAGAUCGGGCCUGCGAGCAUCCGCUUAAUUACAUCUGUAAGAUGAAAUCACAAGCCCAAGGCUCAGAAAUCGUGGAAGUAGAAUCAGGCUGCCAGAAAGGCUGGAAAAGAUAUGGCUUCUACUGCUACAUGAUUGGACACACGCUUUCAACAUUUACAGAAGCAAACCAAACCUGUGUGAAUGAGAAGGCUUACCUAACAACUAUUGAAGACAGGUAUGAACAAGCCUUUCUGACUAGUUGGGUUGGAUUGAGGCCUGAAAGAUAUUUUUGGACUGGACUUUCAGAUGUACAAAACAGAGGGACCUUUCAGUGGACCAUUGAGGAAGAGGUUCAGUUCACUCACUGGAACUCAGGCAUGCCAGGGCGAAAAGCAGGGUGUGUUGCCAUGAGAACUGGGGUUGCAGGGGGCCUGUGGGAUGUUCUGAGAUGUGAAGAAAAGGCAAAAUUUGUGUGCAAACACUGGGCAGAAGGAGUAACUCGCCCACCAGAGCCCACAACAACGCCCGAACCCAAAUGUCCAGAGGAUUGGGGCUCCUCCACUAAAACAAGCUUGUGUUUCAAGCUGUUUACAAAAGGAAAACAUGAGAAGAAAACAUGGUUUGAAUCUCGAGAUUUCUGCAGAGCUCUGGGUGGGGAUCUAGCGAGUAUCAAUAACAAAGAGGACCAGCAAGCAAUCUGGCGAUUGAUAGCGGUUAGUGGAAGCUACCAUGAACUGUUUUGGUUGGGGCUGACAUAUGGAAGUCCUUCCGAGGGCUUUACUUGGAGUGAUGGUUCUCCUGUUUCAUAUGAAAAUUGGGCAUAUGGAGAACCAAAUAAUUAUGGGAACACUGAAUACUGUGGAGAGUUGAAAGGUGAUUCUAGUAUGUCCUGGAAUGAUAUUAACUGUGAACAUCUUAAGAACUGGAUCUGCCAGAUACGAAAAGGACAAAAAUUAAAACCUGAGCCAACACCAGCUCCUGAAGACAAUCCACCAGUCACUGAAGAUGGGUGGGUCAUUUACAAAGACUACCAGUAUUAUUUUAGCAAAGAGAAGGAAACCAUGGACAAUGCACGAGGAUUUUGCAAGAGGAAUUUUGGCGAUCUUGUUUCUAUUCAAAGUGAAAGUGAAAAGAAGUUUCUAUGGAAAUAUGUAAACAAGAAUGAUGCACAGCCAGCAUAUCUUAUUGGCUUAUUGGUCAGCUUGGAUAAAAAGUUUAUUUGGAUGGAUGGAAACAAGGUGGAUUAUGUGGCCUGGGCCCCAGGUGAACCCAAUUUUGCAAAUGAAGAUGAAAACUGUGUGGUCAUGUAUUCAAAUUCAGGGUUUUGGAAUGACAUUAACUGUGGUUAUCCAAACACCUUCAUUUGCCAGCGCCAUAACAGCAGCAUCAACGCCACCGUUAUUCCUACCAUGACCCCAGCCCCAGGAGGUUGCAAGGAAGGUUGGAACUUUUAUAACAACAAGUGUUUCAAAAUCUUCGGAUUUGUUGAAGAAGAAAGGAAAGCCUGGCAAGAGGCACGAAAAGCUUGCAUAGACUUGGGAGGAAAUCUGGCAUCUGUCAGCAGCGAGAGAGAGCAAGCAUUUCUUACCUACCAUAUGAAGGACUCCACUUUUAAUGCCUGGAUUGGGCUGAACGAUGUCAACUCAGAGCACACGUUCCUUUGGACGGAUGGGCGAGGAGUUCAUUUUACCAACUGGGGGAAAGGGUACCCUGGUGGGAGAAGGAGCAGCCUUUCCUACGAAGAUGCUGACUGUGUUGUUAUUAUUGGAGGGACAUCAAAAGAGGCAGGAAAAUGGAUGGAUGACACCUGUAACAGUAAGCGGGGCUAUGUAUGCCAGACACGUCCUGACUCUUCCUUGCCUAAUUCCCCAGCAACAAUUCCAACAGAUGGUUUUGUUCAAUAUGGUAAAAGUAGCUAUUCGCUCAUGAAACUGAAGUUACAAUGGCCUGAAGCAGAGAAUUAUUGCAAGCUUCACUCGUCCCUCAUUGCCAGCAUUCUAGACCCCUAUAGUAAUGCAUUUGCGUGGAUGCAAAUGCAAACAUUUAAUGAACCUGUGUGGAUUGGCCUGAACAGUAAUGCGACCAAUAGUGAUUAUGUUUGGACUGAUAAAUGGAGGGUGAGAUACACUAAUUGGGCUGCAAAUGAGCCCAAACUGAAAUCGGCAUGUGUUUAUCUGGAUAUUGAUGGCUACUGGAAGACAGCAUAUUGUAAUGAUAGUUUUCACGUUCUCUGCAAAAGAUCAGAUGAAAUCCCUGCCACUGAACCUCCACAACUGCCUGGCAGAUGCCCGGAGACAGACCACACAGCGUGGAUUCCUUUCCAUGGUCACUGCUACUAUGUUGAGUCUUCAUAUACAAGGAACUGGGGCCAAGCAGCUCUGGAAUGUCUUCGAAUGGAUUCCACUUUGGUUUCCAUCGAAAGUGCUGCAGAAUCGAGUUUUCUGUCAUAUCGAGUUGAGCCACUUCAAGGCAAAACUAAUUUUUGGAUAGGAUUGUACAGAAAUGUUGAAGGAAAGUGGCUGUGGAUAAACAACAAUCCAAUCUCCUUUGUCAACUGGAACACAGGAGACCCCUCUGGUGAACGAAAUGAUUGUGUAACUUUGAUUGCAUCUUCUGGAUUUUGGAGUAAUAUUCACUGUUCUUCCUACAAAGGCUAUAUUUGUAAAAGAUCAAAAAUUGUUGAUGCUGAACCUACUCAUACAGUAAUGACAACAAAAGCUGACUCAAGGAAGAUGGAACCUACUAAACAGUCUUCCAGUGUGGCAGGUGUAGUAAUCAUUGUGAUUCUCCUGAUUGUAAUGGGUGCUGGCCUCGCCGCGUAUUUGUUUUAUAAGAAGAGACGUGGGCACGUACCUCAAGAGAACGCUUUUGAAAAUACCCUCUAUUUCAACAGUAGAGCAAGUCCGGGAACUGGCGAUACAAAAGAUCUCAUGGGCAACAUUGAACAGAAUGAACACGCAGUCAUUUAGUAUCAUAAUGUGAUUUAGGUAUAUUGACAUUUCAUAAGAUUAUAACUAAAAUGUUAAGGUUUUUAUUUCAAUCUGAUUAUUUCCUUUAAGGUUAGUACUGUGUUGCACUGGUCUGUCCUUUUUCUUUGCCUAAUUGAAAAAAAAAAUAAUUGCUCAUUUUCUAGUCUGGCAAGAUAUUUUCACAAAAGAGAGAGAACAAUAUUGGCUACCAUGUUAAAAACAUAUCUUAGGUGAAUACACAGCACAAUAUUAGCAUCAUUGGUGUGUAGCUAUUGUCGACUGCAUGAAGAUUAUAAGAACCCCAGAAACAACCAACUAAGCUUUCUGAAAUAGUUUAAGGAGCUACCCCCUGCCCAAUUUUAACUAUUGAAUUGUAAUUCAGUAAUUAAAGGACCAUUUUAAAACUCAAGUACAAAUAACUUCAGGUGGCAUAAAAAUUUAGUAACUUUUUUUCACAAACCUUGAUAUUCACUCCAAUUAUUUACAACUGUAUUUGUACAUGUGCAGAAAGAAUAAGGCAGCUGAGAAUCUUCUUUUCCCCAAGCAGGGUUUUUGAGGCUGAAUAUUGCAAACAAGUUCUGUGUCCUGUUAUAUGUAUAUCAGGAAUGCAAAGAUGUGAAAUAAAAAAUGUAAA